AUGGCUUCCACACGCCGAUGCCCGCUCCUCCCCGACGAGAUCAUCUCCGACGAGAUCUUGCCCCGGCUACCGGCCAAGUCCGUGCUCGGGCUCCGCUGCCUCUCCCGUGCCUGGGCGGCCACGCUCUCCUCCGACCACUACAUCGACCGCUACCACGCCCUCCACGGCGGGCGUCCCAAGAUCUUCCGCAUCCAGAACGAAUCCCACGGCGAGGUCGACGAAGAAGCGAAGUCGUGCGCGCCGCCGCCCAUUGCCGUCUUCCCUAUGGCCGUCACGAUCGACUGGUUCCCGCGAUGCGUCACGGUGUUCUGGGACGAGACUACGCCUCCGGCGCCCGGGCCCGAGCACCCGAGCCUCGCCGCGACGCGCUGUCGCGGCCUCGUCCUCCUCGAGCUGGUGCCCACGGGGAUCCACUUCGUGUGCAACCCGUCCACAGGGAAGACGAGAGCGCUCCCGGAGGGCCGGACCACGGGCUGCCGGAGUCCCCGCGAGCUUUCGCAUAAGUACGCGAGCCUAGGGCUCGGCUACGACGCGCCCACCAGGAGACACAAGGUCGUGCGCGUCUACUACCGCGGCAGCGACAGCGAGGGGCGCCCCGCUUCCAUGGGAUGCGAGGUCUACGUGGUGAACGCCCGCGAUGAGGACGACUCCGCCGCCGGUUCGUGGCGACCGGUGACUUCCAGGCCGGCGGGUUGGGUGGAACCGUGCAGACCGAGCGUGUUUGCGCAAGGGCAGGUAUACUGGCUAGGCUACCGGAAACACGACCUCCGCAGAGGCUACUUCCGACGUCAGGAGAAGAUCAUGAUCAUCUCGUUCUCCAUGAGCCAAGAGACCUUCGGGACAGUGUCGCCGCCGGCAGCCAUGGAUGACGAGGCUCUGCGGAUGAGAUGUCUGACAGAGCUUGGCGGGGAGCUGUGCCUCUUCUCAGGGGGAUCUUCCGGGCAUGAGCAUCGUUACGAUGUCUGGCUGCUGCAUAGCACCACCUGGGAUCUCUACUGCCGAAUCGAGGCAGGCAUGGCAUCGCCGGAGGUCAAUAGGGUAAUGAGAAGUCAUCGCAACAUUUACAACAUCAACAUCCUUCCACUCGCUAUUACCGACAAUGGCCGUCGCAUCCUCCUGGCGCGAAAUGACUCGCCAAAGGAUGUAUGGGUAUACACCCCAUUAACGGGUGACAUCCAGAAACACCUCGACUUGGACAGUGUGGUCGACCGCAAGAAUUGGCUCUUAGAGGUAGCGGUGUACGAGGAAAAUGUUGCGUCUCCCGGAAGACAACUAUCAAGGGAUAUAGUCUUGACCUCCUCGUUGUCUACACAAGCUUUAUCCUUGGUGCUACGGCUCUUGCCAGAACGCACCCUCAGAAGGCUUAUGUGCGUCUGUCGGAGCUGGUGCACAAUGAUAGCAAUACAUCUAUGGUACGUUGGACAGGGGGACCUAGAAUGA